AUGGACUAUGACCGGUUCGUCCUCUUGAACAAGUUUUUGCAUUUCGCAGACAACACCAAAGCAGGAGACGAUGAUACCAUUCCCUGUAAGCUGUACAAAUUGUGGCCAAUACUCCAGCACUUGAAGAGAAGAUGCUCAGAAGUUUAUCAGCCAGAGAGGGACGUAGCUAUCGACGAGUCCCUUAUGCUGUGGAAGGGAAGACUGGGGAGGGAACAGUACAUCCCUUCCAAACGUGCACGCUUUGGGAUAAAGUCGUUCGAGAUAUGCAAGUCCAGCUCAGCCUACAUCUUGGACUUCUUUGUUUACUUAGGGGAGGGUACGGUGUAUGAUCCAGGGCUUGAUGAGGACCUACCAAUGGGUUCAAAAGUAAUCCUGACACUUGGUCGGCAGUUCUUCAACAAAGGUUACUGUAUCAAUAUGGACAACUUUUUUAGCACACCUGGUCUUUAUGAUGAACUUUGUGCAAGAAGCACUGAUUCUGUUGGAACCAUCAGGCCUAACCACAGAGGUCUACCCAAAGACUUUCUGAAGCAGAAACUUCGUAAGGGAGAGAUCAAAGCUGCGUAUAGUGAGAAGCUGAUGCUUCUGAAGUGGAGAGAUAAGAAGGACGUCCACAUGCUCAGCACCAUCCAUGAUGCCAGAACCAGGCAAGUAGCAAGAGCAGAUCCAAAUAAGCCACCAGUAAUGAAACCACAAGUGUGCUACGAUUACAAUGAUACCAUGGGUGGUGUUGACCUGAGUGACGCCUUCUUUUCUGCCUACCCAAGUUCCCGGAAAAGGUUGAAAAAGUAUUAUAUCAAGCAGUUCCGUCAUAUCCUGGAUAUGGCUGUACUGAAUGCCCAUAUCUUGUUCAAGAAGAUGGGAUGA